UGCAGACUGAAGACCAUUCGAUCAGUAAAGAUGGAGCCCUCACUGGAGUCCUCCUCUCCUUUCCUGCUACAGACUUUAUGGGACAAGAUAAGAGCACAAGAAGACUUUCUCCGCUCUCCCUUGUUCCCUGUCCUGUUCUCCAUGACACUCUAUCUGAGCUGCUGCCUGCCUUACCUGUGCCUGGACACCCUGUCCUCCAGAGUAGCCCUGGUGCACCGCUACAAGAUUCAGUCACAGAGCAGGGUGACCUGGGCAAUGGCAUGGAGCUGCCUGGCUACCUCCCUGCACACCCACGCUGUGUUCAUUUUCCCCCUCAGUGUUCUGCACUGGUACUGGAGACCAGUGGUCCUCCCUGCCCAAGCCCCUGGGUCUCUUCGUGUGGCCUGGGAUGUGUUAGCCUGUCUCCUUCUCUUUGACCUGCAGUACUUUGUGUGGCACGUGCUGCACCACAAGGUGCCCUGGCUCUACCGGACUUUCCAUAAGGUGCACCACCGCUACACAGCCACCUUCGCCCUGACCACAGAGCACUCUGGGAUCUGGGAGACCCUGAGUCUGGGCUUGUUUGCUGCAGUGAACCCUAACCUGCUGGGCUGCCACCCGCUCACCAAGAUGUUCUUCUUCACCCUGAACAUCUGGCUGUCUGUGGAGGACCACUCAGGUUAUGACCUGCCCUGGGCCCCUCACAGACUGGUACCCUUUGGGCUCUAUGGCGGAUCUCCACACCACGACCUCCACCAUCUCAAGUUCAUGGUCAACUACGCACCCUACUUCACACACUGGGACAGGCUGUUUGGCUCGCUGCUGCAUACAGACAAACCAGACACGUUUGAUGUAGAUGUGUUGGAUGCUUCAAAAAGAUGUGAUACAGCAUCAAGUGGUGUGACUGAUGUAAGCCAUGCACCAGUGUAUGAGACUACACAAAGCUGUGUGAAAGACUAUGAGGUACAGUUCAGAGGAAAAUGAGGACCUGUUCUCUGACUGUUAUUUGGAUUUUUAUGAAUAAUGACUAAAUUAUGUAUACAUUUAACUUAGAACGAAACUAAACAGAAUAGUACUAUGUCACUGUAUGAAUGUAUGAAUCUUAUCUCUGUUUUUAAAAAUGGCAAAACUGUGAAGAAAAAAAUUGAGAAUCAUGUGACCAAUGGACUAUUACUGUAGCUGCUUCAAUACAAUGAAUUUAUGUAUGUGUGUGUAUAUGAGUGUAUAUAUGGGUGAUUCUGCAACUUUGGCCACUUUGGCCGUGCAAACUUUCAGAAAGUAAAACUUAUUCAAACACCAUUUUACCAGUAUUGUACUUGCCUUUUAUUUGUCUAGAAACUAUAUCUGAUAAUGCCUGCGAUCGUACUAUUCAGGAAUGUAUAUAUUUUUGUCCCUUUUCCCAGACAGCCAUAGACAAAUGUCAUUUCCAUCACGUCAUUAAACAUCCAUUUUUGUUGAAAAUCAAAUAUCAUACAAUUGAUUUAUGACGGAGUUCUUAUACAUUUGUACAUGAACUUGUAUUGAAUAUUAUUUUAAGUGAUUUUUAAGGUUUUCCUAAUAUGAAUAAUUCAACACGAUGCCUGAAUGUAUAAACUUGCCUUGCUGACAGCUGAAAACAUUUAUUUAUCAUGAAAAAUAAGAUAUUUCCACCCAACCUUUUUGUGAGAUUAUGAUAAUAACCGUAUGAUUUCCAUAUCUAAAACAAAUAAAUGUAUGUAAAUUAUACAGAAUAUACUAAUUUACCUCAAAAAUAUGGGUUGUGAUGGAAAUGACAAGGUGUGGUGGAAAUGACUUCUAUGUAAAAAUAAAACAUGAAAACAAAGUGAACAGCCUGGAUUUCACUGGUGUAUUUACACAGGUACUGUAGUUCUCUGCAA